GGGCGUCAGACCGGGUCAAACAUAACCUUGACGGAUUUCGCCGAUCUCAGUCUGAUCCUGCUUUGCCCGGUUCCUUCCGGAACUAGCGAGGAUUUCUGUGCGUGGUUCAAGUGCGAACUUAGUCGCAAACUGACGGAUGACUCGCGCGCCGCGUCUGGUAUUCCCGGAGAGAGUCAUAGCGAUAGCGCGCCGGCGAGGAGUUGCGGGAAUGCGUCCAGUACGUACGCAGAAAAGAUCGACCUGAACGUCAUUGGAGACUGCCUAGCGGCUUGCGGAGCUGGCACCCCACGCCUUUGGAAGAGCUUAGUUGAUCGUCAUUCUAGUACAGUGUUGGCCGCCGAUAUUUUAUCCGAGAAGACGACUGCCUCUGCCACGCGAAACUGCGAAAUAAGUCACGCGCUGCAGCAAGCUUUGUCGAUUAACGCUUCCUGGACAAGAACUUUGAUGCGCGUCGCUGGUCGCGGCGAGCCUUUUCAGACUUUUGCAGAGGACGCAGCACUGCAGUGCUGCCUAGUUGAUGUAGCCCGCAUGGUAGGAGUCCCGGAAGCAAUAGAAGCGUCUGUCGUUACAGGAGAUGAAGAGGGCUUCUACGUCAGAGACGACGCCGAGAAAUGCGUCCCGUGCGCCGGAACAACAACAAGCAGACCGCAGGCUGGGGUCAAAGUCAUAUCAGUACAACCAGUCAGGAACUCGGACUCCGCCUCACCUCCAUCCUCGACGGCCGACGACUGCAAUACGACGUCGCAGCGAGCAUCACAUUCUGCUCAGCUCCUGCCGGACUCGGCGGCUGAAGUCCGCGACAUUGCCUCUCUCUUGCACAGCACUGGAGCUCUCCUAGCGCGGCAGUUGCGGAGGCCGAGCACGGCCGCAUUUUCGCGCUGCGAGUUGGCGCGGCAAGGACAAUACGCUCAGCUCUUUCAGCGGGUCGGUGUACCGACGUAUAUUCAUCCCCUGUUGGCAAACCUCUCUGCUGCAUGCCCUGCUGAUUUCUGUCUUGCGUGGGCUGCUUUUCGCGGUCUGUUCGAUCACGCCCACAAUGCAUUACAACGCGCGAGGACGGCCCGCAGCUGCCACAACGGGGAAGAUGGUCUGCUUCGAGCAGGAACAACAGGACGGGAGGCUCCUUCAACAUAUAAUACCUAUCAGACAAUAGAUCGUCCGACCCUCAUCUCUGGUGGAAGAGGAAGCUGCACUGGCACGACCACGGCAGGAAAUUAUACUUCUUCGGACGAGGAUAAGCAUGGCGUUGCUAGUGCACAAGCGCAAUUUGGUCGCUAUUUGGACAAACUGCGGCUGGAGUUCCGCGCCUUUCUGGUACGGGCCCGUGAAGAGGACAAGUUUUCGCCAUCAUUUUGGCGUGACGCGAAGCCAUCGAAUGUGGUGCAACUCGUGCGCGAUUUUCCAGCCGAUGGGGGUGUACUGCCCCGCGGAUCGACAAUCAGGUCUGACUUGGAAGAUCAAAUCGCGGCGCUUGCGGACCAAGUUAUGAGACUGCACAGUGUCGUCGUCGAUCCUCUCAUGAUAAUGAAGAAACAAGUAUGGUCAACAUGUUGUGAUGUUUUUCAUGGCUCUGACCCGCCAAGAACGUGAUGUCCUUGCGGCGAUGGCGUCAAAGGAUUGCGCUUGAGGCACAGUCGGGUCCGUUUGCGCAACAAAAAAGAGGGGGGGGGGCGAUGUGUGCAACGUGAUACAAUUCGAGCUCGACACAGACAUUGCCCUUGGGUUGUUGGAUGCUUUGACUGCAUCGUCGACGUUGCCGUCCACAGCAGAGUGGUACGUAGAUGCGCAGCUGGUGGUAGAUCCUCGUUUGCUGGUUAGAGAACAUGGUGGCGAAACUGCAGGACAAAUGUCGAAUGCCAAUCCCUUCACGAGAAGUAGAAGCUCGUUUGCGAAAAAACUCGAGGCGCUGCAACGAAAGGCGCUCGAUUAUUUGGGGCGCAACUUCUUUGAGAAAGCACCAGCCUGCGGGGGCGAUGAGCAAGAUACUAACACUAAGGCCUCUCUUUUUUCUUAUGAAUUCAGAAAUUGCGGCGCUGGUCCUGGUGCUAAGAGCACGGCUGUGGCAAACAACAACAAAAACCGAAAACCGAUAGGCAGGAGCUGCGAGCAGUCUCGGACCUGCGUUGCCAUCGUGAAUUCGCUGACCCGCCUCGCUGUCAGGGAUGCCAUCAUAGAGGGAAAGGCUCUGCGCUACUUUUGGCGACCUACGCAAGAGGUCAUCGAAUACUUGCGAAGCACGACUGAUGAUGAGUCAGAAUUGCAGGUCGUGGAGACGAGGAAAAAACAGUGGCGAGAUCAUCAUCUCCAUGUGCACGGGGCGGAGGCUCCGUCUUUCAGUCGUGCUCUAAACGAAUGUGACUCGUCACGGCCGCUCUCUAUUCUGAGUAAAAGCGUCCCCACACCAGAGUCAGGCUGCUCUUUGCUACACAAACCAAAGACCUUUGUGUGUUGCGCAUGACAGAUUUGGCGUCCUCCUAGUGGGUUCGUCGUGUUUCUGUUUCGUAAGAGUAAGUGCAGCCGGAUUACAAAUUGAUCACUUUCGCUUUGUACUCUUGGUGCUAGCGUGAGGACAAAGUCGAAACAAGCACAAGCACAGCUUAGAAAAUGCUUCUCAUGUUGGGGCUUUGCAUGAGAACCCUUUUAGGCUUGCAGAUCUGCGUGACAAGCAUGGGCAGUUGGGGACGGUUUUACACAGGAUACUCCCCGCCCUUGCGGUGUUCUCUUCGUCGCGGUCCGUGUGUUCUCCCCAUCGACGAACGAGGACUACGACGUGGCCGAUUUCCGACACCAGUCUUGACCUCUUGGAACUCAGAGCGCACUUUGGGAUGCUUGGACUUUUUGCAGAUUCCUCUCCUGCGUCGUCCGCUUCUUGCAGCAAAAAAGGCCAUGUCCGUUCACCUAGUUCUCAUCAGGAGGCUAUGCGAGGAGCGGGUGGCAGUUGCGGCUCUGCUGAUCUUCAUGAAGUGGGAGAUACUGGACCUUGCCCUUUUGGCACGCCGUCGACGGCAAACCCAAAGGCCUCCGCGGAUACUGUCGCAGGAGAUGAAGAAGAGACCACGACUCCAAGACAGUCACAGCCGCGACAAGAACCAUUUGAACUGGAGCUGUCUACCUGCGAAGGAGCGCGCACUUUUGUCGCUGCAUUUGCGAGGCGGUAUCGGACACCGCGUCAACUGAGUUUGCAGCUGACCGGUCUUUGCCUCUUCGUCGACGCAACUGGCCAGGAAUGGCUGCACCGUGAGCGUAAGGGGUCCCUGUUGGCGUCUUAUUUGCGCCACUUUUUCGAUCCUGCGGCGGUUUCCGACUUUGAGCAUCGCCAGCUGUACCUGAUGGUGGUGGAUUUUUUCCAGCAAUCUCUUGCUGCUGCCGCGGAGAAGGAGACGAGUGGAGCACCACCUGACCCACCUCUACCCACUACAUUUGCUCAAUCAUUUUCUCUUGUCGCUAUUGAGCGACUUCUUGAAGCCGCUGCUACAGCAGUGUCACUUGAGCAAUGCAGCCAGAACACACUUCAAGUUCAAUUUCCUGGUUCCAGCGUUGCAUGCGGAAGGGGCCGCGCCUCGACUUCAACGGAGACUACCAGCAUAUCACCGACAGUCUGGUGGAACAAGCGCCCAACCACGCCGCUGCAACGAGAUAUCCGAGAGGUCGCCAUGGCGGCGGUGGCGAACCCUAAUUCGGUGCGGAUUAGCUUCAACGCGCCCGCGCCGCCCUAUUCUGUUCAUUUACUUUUGACAUUCCUCAGCGAGCACAUUGCAUCGGAGUGAGACCCUGGGUAAGGCCGGUGCUUCUGGUAGUACUCCCCUAAGACGGGCUGUGGCCGGUGCUUCUGGUAGUACUCCCCUAAGACGGGCUGUCUGCGCUUGUCAACUGAAUGACCAUGAGCUUAAAGACAGGCGGAGCAUUCUUCGGGCACGUGCGCGACCUGCACGCUCCUGGUCUUAUUGGAAGACGCGAACAAUGUUCAUGUCUUUGUUCUAAUUUGGUUCACCCCCGGUCCUCAGAGAAGAAGCAAGAGUAGAAAGAGUCUAAGUACUCAGGCCGUUCCCCAAAACUACAGCUGACGACAGCUGUGGCUUGCAGACUAACAAACUACAUUUUUCGUUUUGGGAUCAAGAUGAACAUGAAGACGACGAUCAACUACAGAUGAAACAGAGCUAUAAGCAUCCGUGGCUCCCUUUUCGUUCUCAUCGAAAUGCAGGCGGGGCGUGAAUGUUUAGUAUAAGUAUCCCUUCAGUAUCCCUUCAAAUGUUUUCUCUACUGGCAGCAUAAGAAAUGAAUAAAGCGCAUCAGAAGACCUUCAUCAUAUGCGUUGUAUCCUUCCCGUGGGGGGCGCAAGGUGCCCACCUGCACGUAGCGCUACCUUUUCGACGCCGACGUCGACCUGCUCUUCGUCUGCCAAUCCGUUUCUAUUCCGGCAGCGUUUCGCGGUGCCUUUUGUGAAAAACAAAAAGAAAAAUGAGGGAGGAACUGG